GCCGGGCGCCAUCUUUGACGCUGGCAGUCUCGGAUUUCUGCUGGUGCUGCUGAGAGGACGGCGGGCCGCAGCGGCUAAGAAAGAAGAAAGACGUGGCAGCAAGCGGGAGUCGGGGAUAGUGUCGUCGGUUUGGUAAAGUUUCUGUUCUCUGGGUCCCACUACUUUGGAGAUUUUCUCAAACUCCACACCCAGAAAGUCACCGACCUUUUCCCGGUAUCCUACACCCCUUCCCUACCUUAAUUACACUCCCACCCCCAGCCCUCAGCAUCGGAGUCAAGAGCCACAGGGACACUUCCGUUCUCCUUGUAGGAUUGAUGAAACCGUAAUGAAGAACACCCCCUAAACUCCCAUAAUCGGUGCGGAUUCCUAUGGGGAAGGCCCAUAUUGUUGACAUCUUCCAGGCCUUGGUUCUGGACCUUGAGAAGGAGGCUGAAUAGUGAUAGCGAUGCUUUUUAGGAUUUGGGGAUAUUCCCUGCCCAAAAAUUUCCUGGAAAAUUGACUAGUAUUAAGUGUGAGUAAAAGGUGUCCACUUUUUUUUAAGUUUUGAUUUUAGUUUUGUCUUGGAUAGUAUUUGGCAAGAUUUAGCCUAGAAAUUAUGUAGUAUUUAUUACAUGAGAAUCAAAAUUGCUUUGUUACUGGGCUGGUUUCAAAAUUUAGAACUCAUUUCUAUGUAUCAAAAUCGUUUUUGGCUUUUGUUUUUUUUUUUUUUUUUUUUUUAAAUUCUUAAAUGGUAAAUGUACCAUUGUGAAAUGAAAUUUCAACCCCCAAAGUUUACCCUUUUACUAACUGGAGUAAAUGGAUAAUUACAAAGUCUUCAGUUGUAGCCAUCACUUAGUAAAGAAUUUGGAACUAGGCUGCAUAAGCAAGCCUUUGCAGGGCGAAUAUUGAAUGUCAUGCCAGUGACACUGGUAUUGCUAUAAAAGAAGGAAAAAAUCUUCCCUUAGAUAGAAGCUUUCUGUAUUUUGACAGUGCCAGUUCAGGAUGGCCAUAAUGCUGCUCUGCCUUCUACAGCUUGCUGCACCACUCUGUAGUUACUCUGUAACUAUACAUUUCUACCUUUUUUGGUUAAACACUCCCUGAAGAUGAUAAAAGAUGAUGUGAUGGUAUACGUACAUCCAUAUUAUACACAUUGAUAUACGUGUAAGGAUUUCCCUUCAUCUUUAUGUUGUGGGCUGGGCAAAAUUCAGUGUAGCAUAUUAAUAUACUUCAUGAUACUUUGGUAUAAGAGUAAGUUCACUAUUUUUAUAAUGCACCCAAAUUUAAAGGCUUUUGUAGUGUAUUUUAAAAGGGAAAACUUACCCAAAUGUUUUAUUUCUACACAUUUGUGUAUAUGUGUGUGUGUGUGUAUAAGCCAGUUAGUGUAUAUGUAUAUGUAUAUUAUACAUAAAACACUUUGUAUUUUUACAUACAAGUAUGCUUUUAUUAUACAGAUAAUAAAGAUGGGGGAAGGUUUCUGUUUUUUUCUUAAUAGGUGAAGAAAUCUUGAAGACCAGAAAUUGGAUCUUAUUGAAUUUUGGUGUUCUUUUACUUUUUUCUUUUUCUUUUUUCUUUUUAAAUUAAUAUUGUUCGGCUAUGGAAGAUGGAUCUUGUUUUUUUUUUUUCCUUAAUAAUCCUUUGAAUCUCAAGUUCAUUUUUAUAUGAACUCUUUUUUUUUGUUGUUUUUUUGUUUUGAGGAGAUAGCUAACCCUAGCUGUCUCCAGUUUGACAAAGGUUAUUCAAAUGGACUUAAUCUCCCAGUAGUUGGGAGAUGUUUUAAAACCACGUCCUGUGUUUGAAUUGUGGCUGAGAGGUUUCCUUGGCAAUGUGAGGAGGAAAGUUCUUUCUGCCUCAUUAUUAUUAAUUCAUGGAUUGAGUGUUGGUUCGACCUACAGGCGUAAUAGAUUGGAACUCAGUGAAGACACAGACUUUCCUGUUGAGAGCAACCAGCUAAUGAUUACAUUUAAAAGACGAUUUCUGUGAUUGAGUUGUCUUUUGGAAGAUUAAACCCGUUUCAAGAGGACUUGGAGCUGGUCCUCGCCUUGAGGAAGCAGUGGCUUGUUUUCAAGAAGCCACUUCUGUUCUAAGAAUUUGCUCAGCAUGCCUAAUCAAGGAGAAGACUGCUAUUUUUUUUUCUAUUCUACAUGUACCAAAGGUGACAGCUGUCCAUUCCGUCACUGUGAGGCUGCACUAGGAAAUGAAACCGUUUGCACAUUAUGGCAAGAAGGGCGCUGUUUCCGACAGGUGUGCAGGUUUCGGCACAUGGAGAUUGAUAAAAAACGCAGUGAGAUUCCUUGUUACUGGGAAAAUCAGCCAAUGGGAUGUCAGAAACUAAACUGCGCUUUCCAUCACAACAGAGGACGCUAUGUUGACGGCCUUUUCCUACCUCCAAGCAAAACUGUGUUGCCUACUGUGCCUGAGUCACCGGAAGAGGAAGUGAAGGCUAGCCAGCUCACAGUUCAGCAGAACAAACUGUCUGUCCAGUCUAAUCCCUCCCCUCAGCUGCGAAGUGUCAUGAAAGUAGAAAGUUCAGAAAAUGUUCCCAGCCCUACGCAUCCACCAGUGGUGAUCAACGCUGCAGAUGAUGACGAAGACGAUGAUGAUCAGUUUUCUGAGGAAGGUGAUGAAACCAAAACACCUACCCUGCAACCAUCUCCUGAAGUUCAUAACGGAUUGAGAAUGGCUUCUGCCCGGAAACCUGGGGUCAGUGUAAAACAAGGUGAAUGUUUGAAUUUUGGAAUAAAAACUCUUGAGGAAAUUAAAUCAAAGAAAAUGAAGGAAAAAUCCAAGAAGCAAGGUGAAGGUUCUUCAGGAGUUUCCAGUCUUUUACUCCAACCACAGCCCAUUCCAGGUCCUGAAAAAGAGAACGUCCGGACUGUGGUGAGGACAGUAACUCUGUCCAGCAAACAAGGAGAAGAACCUUUGGUAAGAUUGAGUCUAACCGAGAGACUGGGGAAACGAAAAUUUUCAGUAGGUGGUGACAGUGAUCCUCCGUUGAAGCGUAGCCUUGCGCAGAGGCUAGGGAAGAAAGUUGAAGCCCCAGAAACUAACACUGACAAAACACCAAAGAAAGUUCAAGUUUCCAAGUCUCGAACUCCAAGUACAGUGGUUUGUUUUUCCCCCAUGAAAACAGAGAGAGUUACUAAAGUUGGUGAGAUCCACGUGAAGACAUUAGAAGAAAUUCUUCUUGAAAGAGCCAGUCAGAAACGUGGAGAAUUGCAAACUAAACUCAAGACAGAAGGACCUUCAAAAGUUGAUGAUUCUGCUUCGGGAACAAGAACCUCCUCCAAUGUCCGGAUCAAAACGUUCUCUGAGGUCCUGGCUGAGAAGAAACACCGGCAGCAGGAAGCAGAGAGGCAGAAAAGCAAGAAGGAUAUAACCUGCAUCAAGCUUAAGACUGAUAAUGAAAUUAAAAAAAUAGUGGUUUUGCCACCUGUAGUGGCCAGCAGAGGACAGCCAGAGGAGCCCGCAGGCCGCGCAAAGUCCAUGCAGGAGGUGCGGAUCAAGACGCUGGAGGAAAUCAAACUGGAGAAGGCGCUGAGGGUGCAGCAGGGCCCUGAGAGCAGCGCCAGCGCCCAGCCCCAGCCCGAGGCCGCAGGGGCCAGGCGGCUUCUCCGCAUCACUAAGAAAACAGGUAUAAAAGAAGAGAAGAAGGUUCAGGAAGAAAGUGACGUUGCUUCUCAGAGCAGUGUUACUAGAGCAGAGGCUAAAGAGGCUUCAUACGAGACCACAGCAGUUGACAUCACUAAAAUUCAAGUCAAGAGAUGUGAGACAAUGAAAGAAAAGCAUGUGCAAAAAUUGCCAGAGAGGGGACCCUCACAGAAGGAGAAAUCAAUUUUCAAGCCCUUUUGGGGAAAUUUACACUCUUGCAAUACCCAGUUAGCAGAGAACCCAGUGCUCACUACUGUGCCAGGCGUCACACGGCACCUGACUAAGCGGCUUCCCACAAAAUCGAACCAGAAGGCAGAGGUAGAAACCUCAGGGAUUGGGGACUCAAUAUUGAAUGUGAAAUGUGCAGCACAGACCUUGGAAAAAAGGGGUAAAGGUGAGUGUUUUUUUCUGGUGUGUUUUGCUUUAGAAUUUCAAAAUUACCAGGUUUCAGUGACUUCCUGGCAGCAGUUGGAAUUAGAUGAGUUUCUUUCUCAGGCAGUGGAGGUCCACCCUGCUGUCGUUGCAGCUGUGAAGCCUCUCAGCUCCAGCAGUGUCCUGCAGGAAAGCCCAGCCAAAAAGGCAGCUGUGGCUGUGGUCCCACUUCACUCGGAGGACAGAUCAGUCACUGUGCCUGAGACAGAGAAACCUAGAGACAGUUUUGUGCUGCCUCCAACUCAGUCCUCUGCAGAUCCCUCCCCACCAGAAGUAUCUGGCCCUUCCUCAUCCCAGAUGGCCACAAAAACUCGCCGCCUCAGCUCUGCCUCAGCAGGAAAGCCCCCGCUCUCCAUGGAGGAUGAUUUUGAGAAACUAAUAUGGGAGAUUUCAGGGGGCAAAUUAGAAGCUGAGAUUGACUUGGAUCCUGGGAAAGAUGAAGAUGACCUUCUGCUUGAGCUGUCAGAAAUGAUUGACAGCUGAAGGUGGUAGCAGAACAUUCAAAACAAAAAAAAACUCGCCAAAAAAUUGGACUUGGUUUCAUCUAUUGUAAUAUUUAUCCAAAAUUAUCAUUUCUUUAGCCUAGAAUUUGCCCCAAAUCAGAAAUAUACCUCUACCCUUGUGUGUCUGGAUUCCUUGGGGUCAGAUUUUUAAAGUCCUUUGAUAAUCAUUUUGUCCAUUUGACGCCAUUGUUUAGCAUCUUGAGAAAGAAGUUCUGUCUUCACCCCCCUCCACAGAAAGACUGAGCGGGAGGCCCAAGUGAAAGGACACAAGAGAACUUAGUGACUCCUUGAGGUGUUCGUCAGUUUUGUUUUUUCCCCCUUUGUUGUGUUACUUCUUUUAUGUGUUGUCUGAUUGUACCUGUUGUUACCAGAGUUUGAAAAGGAUGAAGAUAGCUGCUACCACUAAGGACCAAAUUUCGUGCCACCUCUAUAAACAAAACAGUCCACCUAGUCUGUGUUAAAUUGUAUGUCUUUUAAAAGGUAUUUGGAGAUUCAACUAAGCUUUCAGAGACAGCUGAGCGGCUCAGGAAACCUGUAAUCUGGACAUAACUUUUUGGACCUGAUGUUCAUGCUUCUGCUGUUCUGUAAGCCUCUGAAGAGCAGUAGCUGAUUUAUUAUUACUGUAAUUUUUUUAAGGCUUUAAAGUGCCUCAGGGGUCCUCUGAAACUAAUUUUCUAUUUCUGGGAUUCCCUGGAUUCUUAAUAAGAGAUAGUGACAUAAUGAUUACAGGAAUUUUUUUUUAAUAAGGAAGUUGUCCCUUCAGUACUUGCCUCCUACUAGCAUUGAAUUAUCACAGGAAUAAAAAUUGGUUAAUUCUUUGUUCCUGACUCUCCUACAAACUCCUCUUGCCCAGUAUUUAUUUGGCGCCCUUUAAGCAGCCUGAGGACGGGAAUGAACUCAAGCCGCCGCUGCUUGUCCGGGGACUGUAGCAUUGCGAACGGGGUUGUUGGGGUGCUCUGGGGGUGUAUUGUAUACCUGCCAGUUUUCUUCGUUUCUUAAUUGAAUAUUCGUUUCUUGAUGUUGGUCUCCUUUAUAUCACCUCAAGGUUUAGACUUACUUGAGAAGGAACAAGCAUGAUGGGGAUUAUAGUCUUGAAAGGAGACUUGUUGUAAAUAAUCAACAGGAAGAGGAAGGAGCGACCUGCCCAUUCUGGUGUUUCGCUGUAGGUGGCCAGUGUUGUUUCUCUUGGGGAAGUCUGACCCGCCUGUCAUGUUGGCUCCUAAGGAACUGCUGUUGUAAGCGGCUCAUCAAGAGUUGAACUGCAUGUAGCCUUGUUGAGAACGUGGAAAAGGAAGAAAGCCACAGGACUGCCCACAAUAGUCUUGGGAAGAUCUGGAUGAUUCUGCACAAGCAAAAGUGACUUGAAGUUUAUGUAUAGACACUUCUCUACCAGUCCAUCUUCAGCUGACUGAGUGCUGUCUAACAGCCCUUCUCCAAAGCCGGGGUGGAGUGUUCUGACUUCACCACAGGUUUUCUACUCAUUUUGUUUUUGGAAUCAGCUUGUAGAUUCCAGGUCCCUUUUGUAUAUAAUCUUUAUUCUUUUGCUUUUUAAAAAAUGAUUUUGUUUCAUAUUUAAAGCCCUGUAGUAGUCAAUGAUUCAUGUUCCGCAUUAUUUGAACCAUUUGCCAUUACAGAAAGAGAAAUACUUAUUUGUGUUUUAAAUAAAACUGGUGUAGGAAAGUCUUGGUGUUGUGAGUUAAGUGGUCAUACAUCACUUCAGCCUGCGAUCUGCCUCGGUAGAGGCCCAGUUAGAAUGCUGCUGGCCUCUUGUGUAAGUGAUGCAGUUUCACAGAGAUUAUUUGGCUUUAGAGACCUUUUACAAGGACCCACGGCCAAACUUUCCCACAAAUAUGCUCAGUUUUAGCUGCAUCUGCUUUAGGUAAGAAUAAAUAUAUGUGAGGAUUUUUUUCACUGAUACAUAGCCAUUAUUGUAACAAAGUAAUGUUAUUAAUCUCUUGAAGAGAGAGUUUAGAAGUGAUUUUAAAUGGAUUCAACAAUUUAGAAUUUUCAAGCAUAUAAAAAUUUUAAUUCAGGAAAAGCCAAGUUUUUUUCAGUAUGCCAAUUUUUUGUUAGGGGAAUACAUAUAAAUUUGUUAGCUACCAAAGAACAUAGAUUUUUCCAAAAGUAGUCUAAAACUAGUCCCCAGAUGAUGGUUUUCAAUUUUAAUAGGAAAAGGGCCCCAAUUUUACAGAAUUUAGCCAUAGCCAGAAAUUUCAAGAUAACUUGCAACUCAUGUAUUUGUUUUAAAUAGUCUAAGUUCUGGCCUUAACCUCAAAGUCCGAUGGGUCCGCUCUCUUGUAUGACCAGAACGUAGUUUAUUUUCAUCUCAACCGAUCUUUGAAUCCACUAUAGAUAUGACUGAUGUUUAAUAAUUACAGUUUCAGAAAUAAAGCUUGUUUUCUAUAUUGA